AUGUCAUCAAAAUCACUUCCCAACUACGAGCGAAAGACUUCAGAAGACGUCAGUGGAGAAGGCGACGUGAAGAAAGAAGCCGUCGAGACGCCGAUUCAAACUAUCAGCUCAUCCCACGUAUCAUUUCAAAUCAAUACGGAUCCGGCGCCAUCGAUGGAUUACCUCUCCAUCCACGAGGAUGACACUUCAAUGUCUUCCUCUGAGCGAACCAUCGAACGCGGAUUUUCGAGAUAUGGCAGGAAAAGGUGA